AUGCUGUCAUGCAUGUGGCUGAACAGAGAAAGCUGGCUGGUGCUGAGCGUUCUAACGCUCGGGGCGAGCUUCGUCCUGCAAGCAACAGUCUUGGCGGGCUGGCUGCUGUUUCAGAAACAAGUGGAUGAUACGAUGGACGUUCUCCGAAGAAUAGCCAUCGUCGGUGCUGUGGCACCCCUUCUCUUUAACCUGGUCUUGUCCACCUUGCUACUCUCUGCCAUGAUUAAGAUGGCCCGACAAGGGCAGCUCGCUUUGCCAAGCUGGAGUUUGGAAGAGCCCCCUGGAUCAUACACGGCCUUCCGAUUCUGGGAUAUCGUGAGGAAAUUCUUCGUGUUAUCCAUUCCAGUCUUCUGGACAUGUAUCCUCUGCUUAGACUGCGCAGCUAUCAUGCACAACAAGAAGGAGGAAGACCAUCAUCUUUGGAUAAAGAUGACGUGCUUUUCGAUUCUUCCAUGCCUGCUGGAUUUAAAGAUCGCCGUGGAUGGCGCUUUCCACGCAGCAAGCUACCACUACAGCAAGGUCAUGUUUCGGAAGCACCGACCGCGACGUGGCUCACGUGAGUACGAUGCCUUCCUUCGACGGUGCCCCACCGGCCGCUUCAGUGAGGUUGCAGAGGCAUCCGCGGACACUGAAAGGCAGCUUCUGGAGCAGGACGUUUGUGUGAUCUGCCUGGAGCCUUUCGAAUUGGACAGCCAGGUUGCAGAGCUGCCCUGCGGGCACCUUUUCCACUUUGCUUGCAUCCGUCGCAAUUUCAAGAAGAACUGGGCUCUCAUGAAACGAACGCAGAAGGCUAAGUGCCCCUACGGCUGCGGCCCUGCAUGA